AUGGCAGAGCAUAAAUCUUCUACUUCUGGCUCUCAAAAGAUGUCAACAACACCGAAUGAUACAUCGAAUACAAUUGUUAGCACAAUCACUACUACAACGACAACAACCACUACUACAAAAAAAACCGUUAAUCCUAUCAAUGCUCAAAGUUUAGGUAUAGAUUUUUGUUAUUUAAAUAGAAAUGAUGUUGGUGUCUUUAUGAACGUUUUUGUUUUAGCUGGAUGCUCAUGUCCAAUUUGUAAUGAAAUCUAUCAAAUGACUUGUCAUCGGCCUAUUGGUGAAAUUUCAUGUGGACAUAUAAUAUGUUAUCAAUGUUUCGUUCUUAAUACGAACCAAUUCGGCUGUAUACAAUGUAAAAAAUGUCAAGAGAAAAAUAAUAAUAAUACAAAAUUAUCACCUAUUACAAAUCUACUAUUGAAUCAUAAAGGUUCUAGUCAGAAAACGGCCAAUGAAAAAUUUGAAAAGCAUGCAUUGAAUUAUGAAAGUAAAAUUCUUGAUGUUUUUGGUCAUGUUUUUCAACUUACAGAAUUUCGAGAAAAUCAGUGGGAAGCGAUUAAUGCUGCUCUUCAACAUCACGAUUGUUUUAUACUUAUGCCAACAGGUGGUGGUAAAUCGUUAUGUUAUCAAUUACCAGCUGUCAUUGAUAAUGGCGUUACAUUCGUUGUUGCACCAUUACGUUCACUUAUAUUUGAUCAGAAACAACGAUUAAAAUCAUUGGGCAUCUCAUGUGCAUCGUUAACAGGAAACAUAUCACAUGAAGAAGCCGAUGAAAUCUAUCGUGAAUUAUAUAAAGAUUCGCCAGCCUUUAAAAUUGUUUUUAUAACACCGGAAAAAAUUUCUAUGAGCGAUCAAUUGAAUACGGCUCUUCGAGAUUUGUAUAAUCGUCAACUUUUAGCUCGAUUUGUGAUUGAUGAAUGUCAUUGUGUUUCAGAAUGGGGUCAUGAUUUUCGUCGCGAUUAUUCACAACUUGGUCAAUUACGAAUUAAUUAUCCGGACAUCAAUAUAACAUUAUUAACAGCAACAGCAACAUUACGUGUACAACAAGAUAUUCUACAGCAACUGCAUAUAACAAGAAAUUACAAAUUGUACACUCAAUCAUUUAACCGGUCGAAUCUUAUUUAUGAAUGUAUACAAAAAGAAAAUAACGAUUUAACAUUGAGUCAAAUAUCAAAUUUAAUUAAGAUUAAUUAUCAAAAUCAAUCUGGUAUUAUUUAUUGUUUCUCACGUGCUGAAUGCGAUCGAGCAGCUCAAUAUUUAUUGGCUAGUAAUAUUCAUGCACUUUCCUAUCAUGCUGGUUUAAACGAUUCUUUACGACAAACAAUACAUAUGAAAUGGAUUAAUGAUGAAUGUCAAGUUAUUUGUGCAACAGUUGCAUUCGGUAUGGGUAUUGAUAAAAAUAACGUUCGUUUUAUUAUUCAUUUUUCUAUGCCACAAUCAAUUGAGGGUUAUUAUCAAGAAUCCGGUCGAGCUGGACGCGAUGGUGAAAUUGCUAAUUGUCAUCUUUUCUAUUGUUAUGAUGAUUUUCUGAAAAUGAAACGGCUUAUAUUAAAUGAUGAUGAAUCGAAAUCGCCAAUGCAAACAAAACAAGUUCGUAUUAAUAAUAUUAAUCGUGUUUAUGAUUAUUGUCUUAACAAUGUCAUAUGUCGACGAACGCAACUUUUAGAAUACUUUGGUGAAAUAUUUUCAUCAUCGGAAUGUAAAAGUGUCAUGUCAACGGAAUGUGAUAAUUGUCGACAAGUGUACAAAACAUCAUCUAUUGAUUGUACACGAAUUUCAAUUGAAAUUUUAAAACUAGUUUCGGAUUUAAAUCAAACAAAUACAACAUUAUCCUAUAUUAUUGAUAUAUUACGUGGCGUUAAUAGUAAAACUAUUCGAGAUGCAGGUCACCAUCGUCUACGUGCAUUUAACUCAUGCCAUCAAUUAACUCGACUUGAUCUUGAACGGCUUGUCACUCGUCUUAUUAUUGAUGGUUAUCUUAAACAAGAAUUUCUUGAUCAACAAACAUCGUCGAUUGUGGCUUAUUUACGUCCGGGUGUUAACGCACUUCAGUUAGCUUCUUCAAAUUCGCAACGAUCUACAAAUACGAGUAAAAUUCAAAUUGAAUUAAUAAUUCGAAUUGAACAAAUAAAUACGAAUGCCGAUGAAGAAAGAUCAAAUUCAAAAGAAAAAUCUAUUGAACAAAUUAAUGAACAAUGUUUUAUUGAAUUAAAAAAAGAAUUGAAAGUUAUUUUUGGUAGUUCGUCGUAUUCAAAUGUUAUUUCAGAACAAACAAUCAAAGACUUAGCUAAAUUAAUGCCUCGAUCAAAAGAAAAAAUGAUCAAAUAUAUACAUGAAAUAACCGAAGAACUAUAUCGAAAACAUGAUUUUAAUCGUUUAUUACGUAUUUUACAACGUUUUGGAAGUCAAUGUGAUGAAAUCAAGCGAAAAGAUGCAAUACAACAUUCAUCAGAUAGUGAACAUGAAAUAGAUUUUUCGUUAGAUUUUACUGAUCGUUCAAUGAAUGACAAGAAACGGCCAACAACAUCUGUUAUAACAACAACAAUUACAAAACGAAAAAGAGGAAUUGGUAGUAACUUUUAA